CUGCUCCAGCUUUUCAUUCCCGUCCGACGGUUUUCCGGUGAAGACGUUCGGAUCCGCUGCAUCGGAUCCUCUCUGUGGUUUUGUCAAACUCUCUGCUCGGUUUGUUCCCGGUUCUACUCGGUUCUACUCGGUUUUUAACCCGCCGAGGGUUAAAAACGGAUUUUUAUCCACUUUGUUUUUUAAUUUUUAUUUUUAUUUUCGGGUCUUCUGGUCUCUGGUUGGAUUUACCGAAGGGCGUUCCUGAACCGGGACUCUGAGGAAUGACAGCAGCUGGAACCGGAUCCGCCUGAAUGGAAACGAUGGAUUAUAAGGAGCUGGAGCAACAUCUGGAGGAGAAGCUGAAGAUCCAAGACCAGACUCUGCCUCUGCAGUCGGACCCUCAGAAGUCUCUGGGGAAGGACCUCCUGACUCCAGAUGAUUCUGCCGUCUCAGAUCUUUCUCCUAAAACAGAAUCUAAAACCCAGACGCCCACCAGGACUGAUGCCUCCUCCAGGACCGACGUCCGGCCUCCCACCCCCGGCAGCAGCCCUCAGCCCAAGAAAGAUUCAAUGAGCUCAGAACAACGACAGAAACUGGCCAAGGAGCGGCGGGAGGAGAGAGCCAGAUACAUCGAACAGCAAACUCAGCUGCAAGCAGCGAAGAAGGCCCAGUGGCUGGAGAAGGAGGAAAAAGCCCGACGGCUGAGGGAGAGCCAGCUGGAGGAACGAAGGAGGAAGCUGGAGGAGCAGAGGCUGAAGGCCGAGAAACGCCGAGUGCUGCUGGAGGAGAAACAGAGGCAGAAGCUGGAGAAGAACAAGGAGAGAUACGAGGCAGCUAUCAAGAGGUCGACCAAGAAGACGUGGGCCGAGAUCCGCCAGCAGAGAUGGUCCUGGGCCGGAGGACUGAACCAGACCUCCCGCAGAGAAAGCAGAUGCUCGGCCUCCACGGUCAACUUGCCGAGACAGGUGGACCCUGUCAUUAACAACAGGCUGUCCAAGUCCUCGGCCACGCUCUGGAACUCCCCCAACAGAACCCGCAGUCUGCGCCUCAGCCCCUGGGAGAGUCGGAUCGUGGAGCGGCUCAUGACGCCGACGUUGUCCUUCCUGGCCCGGAGUCGCAGCGCCGCCACCCUACUCAACAACAGCGACUCUCACUCUCACCACUGCUCCCGUUCAGCCUCCGCCAGCCCUCUGAACGCCUGCUCGCAUCACCACCCGCAUCAGAACGCCGCCGAGCGCUGGAGGGUUUCCUCGGCCAGCACGCCGGACAUCACCCAGCGGCAGCGCCGGCGAAACUCCACACCGGUGGAUAAAAAGAAGAAAGAGAAGAAGGACAAGGAGAGGGAGAACGAGAAAGAGAAGAACGCUCUCACAAAGGAGAAAGUGCAGAAGAAAAGACAGACGGCUUCACCUCCAGCCACCAUCCAGAGAUCCCGGCCAGAAACCAGCACCCAGAGGCCUAAGAACAGACCUCCGUCUCCGGCUGCCCCUAAAACUCGUCCCCUGUCUCCGCUGGUUCCCUCAAAGACGCCGGCCGCCGGUAAGAAGACUCCGCCUCCUUCUGGCACCAAGACGCGACCCAAACGGGCCCAGACGCCGGCCAGAGUGCAGCCCCAGACGGUCACCACCGUCGCCGUGGAAACGGGCCACGAACCCCAGCAGCCAGACGAGGAGAAAAAGACCUCCAGUAAUGUUCCUGCCAUCGUGGUUUCCUCAGCACCGAUUUCACCUCCGUCUCUCAGCCCGCCGGUCGUAUCAGCAGCUUCUCCAGCAGCUCCUCCUGCAGCUUCUCCUCCUGCAGCUUCUCCUCCUGCAGCAGCCUCCAUCACUACCCCAGCUCCUCCUCCUCCUGCUGCAGCAGCGACCUCCACCCCGACAGCUCCGACCAGCAGGCCGUCAGCCGGAACCAACGACCCGGAGGAAGCAGCUCGAGUCCUGGCAGAAAAACGCCGACAGGCCCGAGAGCAGCGAGAGAGAGAAGAGCAGGAGAGGAUGGAGCAGGAGCAGAGAAACAGGGUCCUGAGGGAGGAGGCGAUGGCUCGGGAGGCAGAGGAGAGGAAACACCGCGAGGAGGAAGCUCGAUUCAUGGCCGAGCAGCAAAGACUCAGAGACGAAGCCCAGAGAGCCCAGGACGAGAAGGAGGCCGAGCAGAGAGCGAAGGCUGAGCAGGAGGAGGCUGACAGGCUGCAGAGACAGAGGGAGGAGGCUGAAGCUAAAGCCAAGGAGGAGGCCGAACGUCAGCGAAUGGAGAGAGAGAAACACUUCCAGAAAGAAGAGCAGGAGAGACUGGAGAGGAAGAAGCGCCUGGAGGAGAUCAUGAAGAGGACUCGUAAGAGCGACGCAGGAGAGAAGAAGGACGUCAGAGCUUCUCCUCAGGUCAACGGGAAAGACUCAGAGCUCAGUAAAGCUCCUGGAAACCCUCAGCUUCCUGCUGCAGGAGUUUCCGGCCUCGUCGUCAACGGCGUCCAGCCCAACUCGCACCAGAACGGCGUCUCAGCCAACGGGGAGUCUGGAGACUUCGAGGAGAUGAUCCAGCUGAACAGCAGCAGCAGCUCUGGUCAGCAGCAGAUGGUCGGCGAACCCAUCCUGGCCUUCGAGGGAGGAGAACCUUUCCUGAGGAAGACGGGCCCCAUGAAGCCUCAGCAUGUCGCAGAGGUCCUGUGAGUCGCCUUACAUCUCCACUAUGAGAUUCCUCCUCCUCUAAACUUUGUGCCAAACAACCAGAGUGGAACUGAACUCACGCCGACGAGCAGAACUCUGAAUUCAUCUGAAACUAAGAAAUAUUAAAACAUGCAAGUAUUCUGUGUCCUCACCGUGUUCUGGUGCACCUUAAAGAUUCUAGAAAACAGGAAGUAUCUGACAUGGUGUUCUUCUUCUGAUGUUGUUCUCGUUACUUCAGUUGGAUAAUGUGUGUUUUUGUGUGUUUUUGCUGUUUUUGUCUUGAAUUAUUGCGUUAUUUAACAUCUUCAGGCUGCAGAGGGUGGAUGUAAAUGUAUAUGAGCCUCCUGUUGCAGGAGAUCUGUGAAAUAAAGCUUUAUGAAAGGAA